AAAAGGAUAAAAUAUUGCAAUAUUUACGAUUGGAAAAAAACAAAAGAUGGUUUGUUCUUGAAGUAUAACUUAUUAUCAGAGACACCUUUACCGAGAAUCCAUAUAAAGGAUGAGACCGUUCGCUCGCUUUUCAUUUGAAAUCGUGUAACGUUGCAAAUAAUUUCGACCGUUUGGUGAAUAUAUCGCGCGAAUCUGUGCAACAACCUUACGGCGCUAUCCUUCCUCUAGCCUUUUCGAAACGUCAGCGAUCUUUGUAAUUGUAGUCUCUGCACGAUACCGGUCAUAAAGAGUGUUUUAUGCAAGCGUUCUCUGGUUGUGUCACACUGCUUACGUUUCGUGUCUUAUACAGAUUAUUGUAAAAACACUUGGGAUUACUCGAAGAAUCGAGUCAAGAUCGAAAGAGGUUUCAAAGAGGUAAAACAAGGGGAUCUUGUCACGUCGCGUCGCGUCGUGUCGGUGUAUUUCAUGCGAGCAAGAUUGUAUGUAGGUAAUAAUUUAGAGGAACUUGUUAACUUUUAUAAUUAUUUCUCGACGAGAAGGAUUAAAAAAUGGAUUAAUCAUAAAAAGUUACGUUUGAAAUAUAAAGAUAAUUGAUACCUUGAUUACCAUGGGAAGAUGCAACUGUUUGCACUUGAAUUUUUCUGAGCAACUCGAUCGUUAACUUUAAUUUACUUCUAUUUUAUGCAAUGUUCAUUACGCAACUUAGAUUUUCACGAAACGUAAGAAAAAUAAUAGCUAGAACUGUUAUGACUUUUCGAAAUAUAUUUCCUUCCCAACACCAUCCAUUUAACCUAUGCAUAUUUAGAGGAAAGGAGUAAUAUAAUGUAAUAUCUAAUUAAAAAAAAGGAAAGAGACAAGAUAUUUGUGAGAGGAAAAAGAUUUCUCUCACGCGUUGUGAAUCAACCCCGUGACUUAAUCGCGAAAUUUAAUGAAACAAAUCUAAAUUUGUUAAUAGAGAAAUUGCGACUCACGUGACUCAGGAUUACAAAUACCUGUUAGCGUCGAUCGCGCAGGAUGAUCGCUCAAGUAAACCUAUGGUGGAAGCUGCUUUAUUCCGGUCAGCAGAAAGGUAUAUUCGCAGGACUGGCGGCUCAUUUCGGACAGAUAUCCGUGGGACUUGGUCAAGGUUUCAGCGCGAUUCUAAUACCGAAAUUAUUGGAGAGCAAUUUCGCGGACGAGUCGGAAACAUCGUGGAUCGCGUCUUUGGGAGUGAUAUCGAAUCCCCUGGGAUCGGUGAUCGCUGGUCUAUGCGCCGAAUGGUUUGGAAGAAGAUCGGCUAUCGCGUUGGCCAGCUUACCGCAUGCUGCCGGCUGGUUAUUGAUAGCUCUGUCGAAGAACGUGUCGAUGUUAUACGUAGGCAGAUUCAUCGGCGGAAUUGGUAUGGGCAUGGCUAACGGGCUUUACCUUUACGUCAGCGAGGCUGCAGCACCGAAUCAACGAGCCUGGCUAGGAAGCUGCGGUCCCGUAUUAGUUUCCCUCGGUGUCUUGAUGAUUUACACGCUAGGAGCGUUCACCACGUGGCAGAGAGCUGCCGCGAUCAGCAUCGGACCAGCGAUUCUCUCGUUGGCGCUAACACGCAUGAUCCCGGAAAGUCCAGGCUGGUUGGUAGCUCGAGGCCGAAAAGAGGAAGCGAAAGAGUCGCUGUUGUGGUUGCGGGGACCAGGAUUGACCACUGACAAGGAGUACGAGGAAUUGUGCGAAACCAACAACAAGAGGGAAGAGAAGAAGGAGAGUCUAUUGAAAGCUGUUCACAUGCCAAGCGUUUGGAAGCCGUUUUUUAUUCUACUCGCUUUCUUCGCGUUUCAACAAAUCUCCGGCAUCUACAUAAUCCUUUUCUACGCCGUGAACGUCCUCAAGGAUAUCGGCAUCGACUUGAACGAAUACUCCGCGAGCGUUGGAGUCGGUGUGAUCAGGUUGUUCGCAUCGAUCGCCGGUGCUGGUCUCGCGAACAGCUUCGGUAGAAAACUCCUGGCCUUCGUUAGCGGCCUAGGAAUGACGAUCUCUGCUGUAGGCGUUGCUCUGGCCUUCAGGUUCAAACUGCCAUCCAUCGUGUCUCUGGCCUGUAUAGGAGGGCACGUAGGAUCAUCGAUGAUAGGAUACCUCACUUUACCCUGGGUGAUGACCUCGGAAUUAUAUCCAUUGAGAUUCAGAGGGCCCCUAGGAGGCAUUACCACUAGUAUCGUACAACUGAUAACGUUCGCCACCAUCAAAAUGUAUCCUGAUUUACGCGCGUUGGUCGGCAUCGAAUGGAUAAUGUGGAUAUUUAGCGGAGCUGCUCUCCUAGGAGCUCUAUUCGCCUUGACUAUUCUGCCUGAAACAAGAGGUCGAAGUCUCGACCAGAUAGAGAGCGCAUUCUGCAGUAAACCAAAGUCGGAUACUUCUUCGGUUCCGGCAAUCCUGCCAAGUAUCUUCGUGCAACCAAAAAACAUUACGUUACAAAAGUUUGUCCCGAUCUCCGAAGAAAAGUAUCCCAACAUGGUAGCAAACGCGUACGCUUACGAUAAUUUUUCUUUACAAUUAUCUACUGAUGAUAAAGUGAAAGCAAAGAAUGAUGAAUUACCUAUAAAUAUUAAUGAAUCUGACAGGAAUCGUGACGUUGCUCGUGUCAUCUCUUUGGAACAUGUAUAUUUUUAACGAAACAGGUUAAUAUACAUUUAUGUAUUGCAAAUUUCUAUUAUCAAUUUCUCAUCAGCUUCAAAUGCUUACCAACUUUUCAAUUGAGAGAUCAAUUGUCUGUUAGAGAUAAACAUGUUACAUUGUGAUAAUUUAAUAUCGACAAUCCGAUAUACAUAUGUAAGUAAGUAUUUAUCGUGAAAUCGAUCAUUUUCGUUUAUUAAACGAUCCACCAGUAUUACAAACAUUCCUACAUCCUGUUCAAAUGUGUUCUUACGAACAAUCAAAUAUCGUAUAAACCUUCUGAUCGUGAGAAAUGUAAAAACCGAUCAUUUUUCUUGCUUAAUAAGCGUCUAUGUCUAGGAGAUAGCGUAUGCUAAUUCAUGAUCGAGAAGCGACUGUAAAUAAAUUGCUGCAAAUAUUGUUUUUGAAAAA